CUCUGAGUGCGGAAGUAGAAACUGCACUGUGCGGGUUCAGGGUUCCGCCUGUGGACGGCUUGCAAAUCCUUCACCCGACACAGACCGUUGUCCGUCAAAGAUCAAACAUCUGUGACUAUCAGACGCACCAGAGAUGGCAGGACGGUUACCGGCGUGUGUUGUGGACUGUGGUACAGGUUACACUAAACUGGGGUAUGCGGGGAACACAGAGCCACAGUUCAUCGUUCCAUCAUGUAUUGCCAUCAAAGAGUCAGCCAAGGUGGGGGACCAGGCCCAGCGGAGGAUGAUGAAGGGGGUGGACGACUUGGAUUUCUAUAUUGGGGAUGAGGCAGUAGAUAAACCCACGUACUCCACAAAGUGGCCAAUCCGUCACGGCAUUGUCGAGGACUGGGACCUGAUGGAGCGCUUCAUGGAGCAGGUCAUAUUCAAGUACUUGAGGGCGGAGCCUGAGGACCACUACUUCCUCUUGACAGAGCCUCCUCUAAACACUCCGGAAAAUCGGGAAUACACAGCUGAGAUCAUGUUCGAGUCCUUCAACGUGCCAGGGCUGUACAUCGCUGUGCAGGCUGUGCUGGCUCUGGCAGCCUCCUGGACCUCCAGACAGGUGGGGGAGAGGACGCUGACGGGCACCGUCAUCGACAGUGGAGACGGAGUCACCCACGUCAUUCCUGUGGCCGAGGGCUAUGUUAUCGGCAGCUGUAUAAAGCACAUUCCCAUCGCAGGACGUGACAUCACCUAUUUCACCCAGCAGCUCUUGAGGGAGCGUGAGGUGGGCAUUCCACCAGAGCAGUCGCUGGAAACAGCCAAGGCAGUCAAGGAGCGCUUCAGCUAUGUGUGUCCAGACCUAGUGAAAGAGUUCAACAAAUAUGACACGGAUGGCUCAAAGUGGAUCAAGCAGUACACCGGCAUAAAUGCCAUCAGCAAGAAGGAGUUCACCAUCGAUGUGGGCUAUGAGCGUUUCCUGGGGCCUGAGAUCUUCUUCCACCCAGAGUUCGCCAACCCUGAUUUCACUCAGCCUAUUUCUGAGGUUGUGGAUGAAGUUAUUCAGAACUGCCCCAUUGAUGUCAGACGUCCCCUCUAUAAGAACAUCGUUCUCUCAGGAGGCUCCACCAUGUUCAGGGACUUUGGGCGCCGUCUGCAGAGAGACCUUAAGCGGACGGUGGAUGCCCGGCUGAAGAUGAGUGAGGAGCUCAGCGGGGGGAAGCUCAAGCCCAAACCAAUUGAUGUGCAGGUCAUCACUCAUCAUAUGCAAAGAUACGCUGUGUGGUUUGGUGGAUCUAUGUUAGCAUCAACCCCUGAGUUCUACCAGGUAUGCCACACCAAAAAAGACUACGAAGAGAUCGGGCCAAGCAUCUGUCGCCACAACCCUGUGUUUGGAGUCAUGUCCUAACUCUGGAUCUCCAAUGUCUAACAACGAGGGGUGGGGCAGGUUGGGGGAGGAUAAGGGCAGGCUUGGGGGAAGUUAGGGGCAGUGGUGCGUUUGUGCUUUUUGAUUGCUCGUACAACUCUGGAUGUAUGGAACAAGAGGGCGAUCCAGAAUAUUAAAAGGAAAAAAACAGACCAGACCAAACACAGACCGGCUGGAAAAUUUCUUGUGAAUGUUUGUUUUUUCCUUCUUUCUUUCCAAAAUGAGGGGGGAAAAUGGUUUGUAAACCAAAUCGAUUUUAAGAACAUUUCCGGAUCUGUUGAGAACAUGCAGAAAGGUGAUGGUAAAAACGAUAAUGAGGAAGAUGAUGAUUAUAAUUAAGAUGGUGUCGGUGGAGGCUUAUGUUGAUGACAAUAAUAUUAAUGAUACUUACCACAACAUCAGAACAUAUUAUUUAUGUUUAUAGAACAUGAGUCCAGGCAAUAUCUGAUGACUCUUGAGAACGUGUGAUCAUUGACAACUUUAGAACAUAUUAUUGUCUUUCUUUCUUUUUCUUUUUGUCCUGCUUCAAAUGCACGUCUCUGUGUAUCACGGCAAGAGCUUGUUUAUAUUUCAUACAAAGUUCUUUUUUAUAUGUAAAACGUGGGAAAUCAGGGGCAAAAUAUGUUAUGCAUCAUACAAGUAUCAGCAAGUGACUGUUUCAGCCCACAGUGCAGCUUUGAUAGGCAGUAUUUUCUUAAGUUUUGAAAGAUGUUUCUCCUAUUAUUUCCAACAUAUGUCACUGCUGUCUCCCCCUUUUAAUUUUUCCUACCUUGAAUUCACAUCUGUUCUCACUUCGGACCAGAUGCAAAAUGCCAGAUUUCCACCAGUGAUGCAGCGAAAGAAAAGAGAGAGAACUUACUGAAGUUAUAAAGAUACAAGAAAAAAGAACGACUGUUGGACCAGUAUUGUUAGACUAGAACUUUUUUUUAUUAUUAAAUACCAAAUUAUUCAUCAAAUGGGAUUUGUGUAUUUAAUGCCUUGCAACAUUCCAAUAAAGGCUCAAAUUUGUUUCUAAGUAUGA